UUUGCAAAUUCCCGCCUAUCCUCAAUGCUUAAAAGCGUCGUCAAGAUGCUUCAUUGCUUUUAGGUGUCGUUCAGGACACGUGCAGUUCACGUGUUAUGUUAAAUAGCGCUUCACCUUCUAGGAACGCUAUACAAGAAGUCAAGAAGCGAAACCGCCUAACUUCCCACUUCAGUACUCCACGCACACACGAACCCUAAUUCUUCACAAUUCAAUCUCAGUCUCAAAUCUAGCCUAAUUCACUCUCCAGUUCGUGCGCCCAGCAGGUAUGUCUCCAAUUCUUACCGUUUUUUUUUUUUUUUUUCAUUUCUUCGAUUUCUUCAUUAAAUUGUUCAUCUUCAACCUCCUAUCAGUCUUAAAGCAAUUGCGAAGAUUUUCGCGAAAUUGAAAUAUUUGACAACAAAUUUCUGGAAAUUUCAAUACAAGUCGUCAGCAGAUGUUGAUGAGUGUGUUGGGCCAAACAACCCUUGCUCUCAUACAUGUACCAACUCCCUGGUGGUUACAAGUGCUCUUGCCCAAAAGGACAUCAUGGCAACAGUCUGAAAAAUGGCACCCAUUGUUCUAGUGAUCAUUCAGAGUUCGUAACAAGGUUCAGUUUAGAGAUGCUGGCAGAAACUUUAUGUCGUGGUUCAUUGAGUUCAAUGAACAUAACAUUAUAUGUAUGCGAAGCUAGAUAUGAGCUGUUAUUCUCGCGGUUGAUAAACACAGAGAAAAUUACUUGGGUCACAGUGUCAAGGCUCCUGUUGGGAGAUGGUAGAAAGGUAUUUAAAUUUCUUUCACGUCUCGAUUUUGUUGGUUAUGGCAUUACUCAUCAGAGGCAGAAGAUGUCUGGUACUCAUGAAACUGGAGAAAGGAGGGGUGAUUUGGCUGAAUACUUUCUUUCUGUGAUAGUUUAGGUGCUUCUAAUUAGCUUUAAUGGUUUUCUUUGGAAAUAUGUUGAUUAUAGUCUUUUCUCUUCAUUGCUCCUAUGGUAAUGUCUACUGUGCUUUUACUGAUCAUCAUGAUUAGGAGUAAUUCUAAUACAUAGAAUGUUGAUUGCUGUUUAUUGAAUUAUUGCUAUGAUUAUCUUUCUUAACAUAAUGAAAUUUCGUUCGUUUUAAAAAGUUUCAUGCGUGCUGGUGCAUAAUUGUAGCCAUUUUUCUUAGCUUGCUAAUCUGAACUUUUAUAUAUAUUAUCAUUACUG